AUGUAUUCUUCCCCUGGACUAUCGCAGUUCAUGACUCCAAUUCUUCCUAGUGGUGGAAAUAUAAUUUACAAGCCACAGUUUAUCAUUCCUCCUUUAAUUGAAAGGCUAAUGAGGCCAAAAGCCGAUUGUGAAAAAGAUGGCUCUAAACAUUAUAUACCUGUCAUACCAGACAUGGUAGUAAAGAAACCACUUAACCCGAAAGAAUUCACUGUCAUCGUUCCCACAAAACCUGAGGUUAUCAUUGAAAAUAAACCAAUUGUAGUACCUCAACCACCUGUGUUACCACCUUUUACGAUGCCUGAAAUACCUACAUUUGUGGAAGAACCAAAAACGUCGGCUCCCGUCACCGAAAAACAUAUUCAGGAGAAAAAAGAGAAUUGUAAACCAUUGGAAAUUCCUGCUCCUCCCGUUCUGCCUAAAAUGCCCGUGUUCCCUAUCCCAGAAAAUGUUGACAUUUUUCCCGAUAAUUAUCCAAUAGUUCCUGUUAUAUCUGGCAUUGAACCCUUACCAGCCCCUGAAUUUACUGCCGUUGAAAUUCCUGAAGCUCCAAUGUUACCACCUUUAUCGCUUCCGGAACUGCCAGUCCCCAAUCUUACAGAAGUUAUUCCUGAAAACAAGCCAGCUAUAAUCCCUGAAGCUCCCAUAUUGUCACCUAUACCUAACGAUCAUGUUUCAGAUUCUUAUCUAAACGAGAUCCCUGAGGGACCUACGCUGCCACCCUUUGUUAUACCUCCAAUCCCUGAAAUCCCUAUUGUAGAAAUGAACCCGGAGGCCCCUAAACCCGAAGCUGCACCAAACAAUUGCAUUUACGAUGUGCCAGAAAGCGUGCCAAAUGAUAAUGAUAUUCCAGAAUUACAACCGGUCGAAAUCCCUGAACCACCCGUAUUACCACCUUUUACAAUGCCUGAACUACCUGCAUUUCCACCUAUCGGAAAACCCGAAGAUAUUACUACCGUAACUGAAAAUACACACGCAGAGAACAAUCCUGAAACCAACGGCAAUACACCAAUGCCUGAAGAGAAGGAGCCUAUGCCAGAACCAGUAACAGAAAAUAAACCAUUAGAAAUUCCUGCCCCUCCCAUACUUCCACCUUUGGAAAUUCCGGAGUUCCCAGUUUUUGAAACUAUACCUAUAGAACAAACACCACCAAGUCCUGUCUUGCCACCUCUAGAGAUACCUGCCCCACCACCAACUAUUGUAGAGGUGCCUUAUGUUACGCCGAAAGAAACACCACCGCUCAUUUUAGAGGUACCCGAACAUCCGUCUGUCACUGGAGUUAUAUCAGAACCUUGCGACAAUAAUGAAAUAAUACCCGAAAACAAACCAAUAUUAAUUUUAGAACAGACGAAUCCCGGACAAGGUGUGACAACACAACAAGUAGUGCCUGAAGUUAUGGAACUAAACGUGGGUGGUGCGAAAGUGACGAUACCGUCUCUUGGAUCAUUAUCUUUCCCAAAUUUCUGCGUUCAAAAUCUUAUAAUCGAUAGAGCACUUCCAUCUAUGAUAAUAGGAGAAAAAUACUAUGCUGAAAGUCUGGCUCCAUAUGUAGCAGAGCAACAUUCGAUGCUCCCCGUGUUUCAAUACUAUAAACGAUAA